CUCCUUUGCCUUGCAGGUGCCAUCCCAUCGGGAAGACGGCGUCGGGAUGCGGGGGGCCCCCUCGCUGCUCCCCAACCCCUCGGCCCCAUCGCCGGAGCUGAACCCCCCCCAGGAUCCCUAUAGGGCCCUCCCCGGCGGUCUCCAAGCCCCCAGCGUCUCCUCGGCCAGCUCGGAGCUCAAAUCCGAUGAGGAAGGCGACGAGAACGCCCGCGAUUCCCAACCUCUGGAAGAGCGCAAGCUGGACGACGACAAGAAGGAGCUCAAAGCCCUGCCGAGGUCAAGAUCUAGCACCAACGACGACGAGGACCUGACCCCGGAGCAGAAAGCCGAGCGGGAGAAGGAACGGCGCAUGGCCAACAACGCCCGCGAGCGCCUCCGCGUGCGGGACAUCAACGAGGCCUUCAAGGAGCUGGGCCGCAUGGUGCAGCUGCAUCUCAAGAGCGACAAGCCCCAAACCAAGCUGCUCAUCCUGCACCAGGCCGUGGCCGUCAUCCUCAGCCUGGAGCAGCAAGUGAGGGAGAGGAACCUGAACCCCAAGGCGGCGUGCCUGAAGAGACGGGAAGAAGAGAAGGUCUCCUCGGAUCCGCCUCCGCUCUCCUUGCCCGGGCCCCAUCCCGGCAUGGGAGACGCUGCCAAUCACAUGGGACAGAUGUAAAAAGGCAAGGUU